AUGGUGUCUACGGCUAUGUCAGAUCAUGCUAUGCAUGAGGACCCAGAGAAGGCUGAGGCAUUCAGUGGCCCUCCCACAUCGCCAACACUAGCAAAAGAGAUGGAACACACAUUAGUUCAGACUGCUACGGCAGAGCCUGAUUCAUUACACUCACCAGUCGAGGCUGUCAAUACACGUGAAGAUGGCACAGAAUACCCCACAGGCCUCAAGCUGGGGUUGAUUGCACUGGCCUUGUGCCUAAGUGUCUUCUUAGUGGCACUUGACAACAGUAUCAUCGCCACAGCUAUCCCCAAGAUCACAGAUAAAUUCCAUAGCUUGGAAGAUGUAGGCUGGUACGGAAGUGCCUACCUCCUUACCACAGCGUCUCUCCAGCUCCUCUUUGGAAAGUUUUACAGCUUUUUCAGUAUCAAAUGGGUCUACCUCAUCGCCAUCGGCAUUUUCGAGUUGGGAAGUCUCAUCUGCGGUGUGGCAAACAGCAGCCUGACCCUUAUCAUUGGCCGUGCCGUCGCUGGUAUUGGCUCAGCCGGUAUUUUCUCGGGUGCCCUGAUUAUCCUAGCCCACUCGGUAGCUCUUGAGAAGCGCCCCAUGUACAGUGGCUUUAUUGGCAGCAUGUACGGCAUUGCUUCAGUUGCAGGGCCUCUUUUGGGAGGUGUCUUUACUGACAAAGUGUCGUGGCGUUGGUGUUUCUACAUCAACCUGCCUAUUGGUGCUAUCACUGUUGUGGUGAUUGCUAUCUUCUUCCCGGCUCCAAACCGCCAGAUCAAAAGCUCGACAUGGACAGAGCGUAUUAGGAAGUUUGAUCCUAUUGGCACGUCUCUUUUCCUCCCUGCUAUCAUUUGCCUGCUACUGGCCCUGCAAUGGGGUGGCACAACAUAUCCCUGGAGCAGCUGGCGCAUCAUUCUGCUUUUCUGCUUCUUUGGCGUCUUGAUCUUGCUCUUUGUGUUCGUUCAAUGGACACAGCAAGAGUAUGCCACUGUGCCUCCUCGCAUAUUCUUCAAGCGCACUGUGUGGUCCUCAGCCCUCUUCAGUUUCUGCCUCGGCGCAGCGUUCCUCUGCUCUGUCUACUUCUUGCCCAUUUGGUUCCAGGCCGUGAAGGGCGCCAGUGCCGUCAACUCAGGAAUCAUGAACCUGCCUAUGUUGAUCUCGGUCGUGGUUUUAUCUGUUUUGUCGGGCAUAAUCGUUACCGUCGUCGGCUAUUACGCACCUUUCAUGAUUAUCGGUACUAUCAUGAUAUCCAUCGGCUAUGGUCUCAUGACCAAGUUCCACCCAGAUACCCCCAAGGCCGUUUGGAUCGGUUAUCAGAUUAUUGCGGGUGCUGGUGUCGGAUUUGGUAUGCAGCAACCUAUGAUCGCCGUUCAGGUUGUUCUUGACAUUGUCGAUGUGCCUACCGGUACUGCCAUCAUCGUUUUCGCCCAGACCCUUGGCGGUGCUCUUUUUGUUUCGAUUGGAAACAAUGUCUUCAGCAACAAGCUGGUUGAGUAUCUCGCUGAGUACGCUCCCACUUUGGACUCAGCUAAGAUCAUCAGAACCGGCGCCACCAGUGUUCAAAGUGCUGUCAGCAAGGCAGACCUACCGGGUCUCCUCCUUGCAUACAACGAUGCUAUUACCCAGACUUUCACUGUCUGUGCAGCUGUGGCCGCUUUGAGCGUCCUUGGUGCAGUAAUUGUGGAGUGGAAAAGUGUCAAAGGCAAGAGUCUUGCGGCAGGAGGAGCGGCAUAA